UCCAGAUCAGCACCUUGAGAGUCCUCAUCAUCUGUCGUGGAGAGAGUGGCACGGCCGAGCCGAGGCGUAACAUUUUGAAAGGCUGUGUUCAGUGGAUAUCCACAGGGAGCGGGGGAUGAGUAAAUUUGGGAGGUUUGUCGGAGCAAAUCACGGAUUUUAAAGUGCGAAAUAACAACAAACAACUGAUAAGUUUUGUCCUGGAAGGAAUCUUUGGGAGUAGACCAGCAGAGACCUGCAGGAAACCAUUCAACUUCUACCUCCCAUGCGAAACCUAAACAGAAACCAGAUUUACAUCCCAGCAUGGUUGAUCACGGGCUCCAUGGCAUAAAGCCCGUCCUCACACUCAGCCAGUCCCUGCGGAGGAGCUACCCGAGGAGCUAUACUCUGACGCCCCGCUGCCAUUUUCCACAGCCCGAGGGGAACCAGGAAGCAGCCGGCAGGAGCCAUGCCUGCCCUGGCCACUGGAGCCGGCCACGAGCCAGGUCUGUACGAACUGCUGGCCGCUCUGCCGUCCCAGCUGCAGCCGCAUGUCAGCCGCCCCGAGGACAACACCUUCCUCCAGGACAUGUUCGGGGAGAGGAGCCUGCAGUCGCUGGUCAAGAUCCAUGAAUGGCUGCAGAAAUAUGAAGACAGCAAACCCAUACCCGUUCUGGACAACGCUGCAGCUCUGGCCCAUCAUUUAUCUGUGGAGCUGGAGGGGAAAUCAGCCAACGGAGAAAUCAAAGAGCUUCUCCAAAUACUGGCCAAACCCCACGUCAAGAGCCUUUUGUCGGUCCAUGACACCGUCGCCCAGAAGAGUUAUGACCCCGAGCUACCUCCGCUGCCUGAAGACCUCGACGACGAUGAGGAUUCAGUGAAAAUAAUAAGACUGGUGAAAAACAAGGAACCUCUCGGAGCAACGAUAAGACGUGAUGAACACACAGGAGCCAUAAUCGUGGCCCGCAUCAUGAGAGGAGGAGCAGCCGACAGAAGUGGACUGAUUCAUGUGGGCGAUGAGCUAAAGGAAGUCAAUGGAAUCCCCGUGGAUGACAAGAAACCAGAGGAAAUCAUUCGUAUUCUGGCCCAAUCACAAGGAGCCAUUACAUUUAAAGUCGUCCCAGGGGUCAAGGACGAGGCGCCGUCCAAAGAACCAAAGGUGUUUGUGAAAGCACUCUUUGACUACGACCCUAAGGAGGAUAAUGCCAUCCCGUGUAAAGAGGCUGGACUGGCCUUCAAGAAGGGCUCCAUCCUUCAGAUCAUGAGCCAGGAUGAUGCGACCUGGUGGCAGGCCAAGCAGGAGGGGGACACCAACCCUCGUGCCGGCCUAAUCCCGUCCAAACAGUUCCAGGAGAGGAGAUUUGCUGUGCCGCGACCCAUUGCCACUGUGCCGUCACAGAAGAUCUCUCGACGAUCAUCUGGGUUCAGGAGAAGCUUCCGUCUCAGCAGGAGGGACAAGAAGACCAACAAGUCCAUGUACGAGUGUAAGAAGAGUGAGAUAUACGACAUGGCUGACGUGCCCACGUAUGAGGAGGUCGCCCCAUACCGCAGGCAGAGUGGAGCUAAACACCGACUGGUGGCCCUAGUAGGACCCGCAGGAGUCGGCCUGAAUGAGCUCAAGAGGAAGCUGUUGAUCUCAGACCCCCAACACUUCAGUGUGACCGUCCCCCACACCAGUCGAGCCAAGAGGAACCAGGAGAGCGACGGCGUGGAGUACCACUUCAUGUCCAAACACCUCUUUGAGACUGAUAUCCACAAUAACAAGUUCAUCGAAUACGGGGAGUACAAAGGGAAUUACUACGGGACCAGUGUGGACUCGGUACGCUCCGUCCUCUCCAAGAACAAAGUGUGCCUAUUGGAUGUCCAGCCUCACACGAUAAAGCACCUGAGGACGUCAGAGUUUAAACCCUUCGUAGUGUUUGUGAAGCCUCCUUCAGUCGAGAGGUUGAGAGAGACCAGACAGAGUGCCAAAAUCAUAUCAGGCAAGGAAGACAAGGGAACCGCCAAGCCGUUCACGGAGGAGGACUUUGAGGAGAUGGUGAAAACUGCCCAGACGAUGGAGAGUCAGUACGGCCAUCUGUUUGAAAAGGUCAUCGUGAACGACGACCUCUCGACCGCCUUCGGCGAGUUGCGGCUGGCGUUAAAGAAAGUGGAAAUGGAGACUCAUUGGGUUCCAGUUAGCUGGACUCACUCCUGAGACUGUAAACGGAGAGAAGGGCAGGGAUUUUACACAAAUAUGCAGGUUUUUAUCUUUUUAUGUCUGAUGUGGCUGGUGUAGGGGGGAGAACAGUUAUAAAACAUGACAGGUGGAUCUGUCGCCAUACCUGAGCUGCUCGGAGCUACAAGCUUCUGCCUGGGAUCAGGUUGGAUUUAGACCUAAGCUGUGGUCUGGAUAUGGAUCUCCAGGUUGGACCAGAUCUUAAAGAGUUGAGGCUAAAGGGGCCCGUCUAGAAUAUGAGCCUUGGACAUUGAUCUGGGUCGCCCCGCCAUGGCCACAAGUCGGAGCUGCUCUGGUCCAAACCAGAAUGUGCAACCAGCCUGGAUGAUCACGCCAGCGGCAGUCCUGCCAGCACGUCAACCAGGCCUCCAUCUUUAGUGUGUUUUUAACAUUAGACAAUUAGAAACCAAAGGUAUCUACAUAUUUCUUCAUGUUUGACAACUUACAUGCAUAUGUCUGUAAAAGAACACAACCUCAGAGGGGGAGACUGUUUUGCUGUGUUCAUGUGCUUCGAUAAUGCUUCCAAGACUGUUACUCCAAACAUGGUCACGUACACUCUCAGCAGUAUGUGUCAUUUUAUUUAAGAGAAAUUAAUAUAUUUUCUGAUAUCCUCCAGUUGUGUUGUUCUGCAAACUUUAAAUACACAUAUCAUAACUUUAAGAGCAACCUGAUCUACAGCUAAGCCCAGUUCUGGCAGGUUUGAUUUGGGUUUUUUUAACACUGGAGGCGUCUCUUCUUUCAUUCAGUGUUUUGAUUUAAUCCCCCCAAGUCUAGUUUUUCCCCUAAAAAACACAUAGAGAGCCAUUUUAUUUAGGUGUUAUAUAUUCCAUUUUAGAGCCUUUUUAAAAAAAAAAAAAAAAAAAAAAGCCAGUCUUCAUCUGAAGGUGCCCAGCAUAACAGCUUUGCUAUUUAAAGUCCCAGAACUGGACACUUUUGGCUGUCUGCUUGUAGAAAAUGUCCACAAUUGUGUUUUAUUAGGGUGGAGUCUUUAUUUUUAUUCACAUAAAAAAUGGCUUAAGCGCCGCUGCCGUCCAGGUUUUUAACUCUUAAGAAAUGCUGAGUAAUUGCUCCUGAUUUGAUGAGAAUCAGCCGUUUAUUUCUAAUUUUAGUCUCCAAUUCCCAUUUCCAUUUAUACUGACUCCUUUCCUUUCAUGCCCCUUCAUAGAGAUUAGUAAUAAGUAAUUAGUCCUGGCUGUGAUUAUCACAACUAUAGCUAAUGAUGUGCAAUUAAUGAGGAGCAACUAAACAUUAAUAAAGGCUGCAAAAAAACAAAAAUAUCAGUGUCUUUCUGACGCUUUUCUAUGAUAUAAAAAGAGGCUGCAAGCUGAGCUGCCGCUAGUUGAGUUUCUUUUUAGAUAGGGAUUCCUAUCUCAUCAAUUCAAAUAACUCGUAAAAAUGAAAUGAAUGAAACUUUAAAAUCAGUGUAACUUUGGCUGGGGGGCUGCUAUCUUUAAAUUGUUCUUCUCACUCACUGUAUGAGCUGUACGGCCAUCUCAGGUUGCAUCGCCCAAAUUCCUUAAACUCAUUUAUUUUGUGUUUUCCUAAAACUUAAGAUUUUUUUUAUAUUUGAUAUCUGUUCAUGUUUAAAAAAGGGUUAUAUGGCGUUUUUAUUCUGUUAUUUAAUGACAUCACACAUUUAAAGGGACGUUAACACCACGCACCUCUUUACUCUCCCCUUCUUUUAUUCAUGUUAGUAACACAUUAAGUUCACUUUUUAUAUAUAUUAUAUUUAAUUUGUUUCCCUCUUCAUGUGUUGCCUCUCUGUCAUGUGUUUAAUUGACUGGAAUCAGAUUUGUAUAGCAAUAAUUUUAUUUCCUUGCUGUAAAUGAAAUGCUGUUUAUGAGCAAGUUGUACGAUUACACGUUAUUCUUGAUAACUACUACAUUUUACAUUAAAGAGAGCUCAACUCCA